UAUUCUGAAGCUAUUUAGCUUACCGGUGCCCGAUAGCUGUGUGGGCAACAUGCCUUACAUGUUGGUGGGUGUUGAUGAUGCCCAUGUGCAGCCUUCUUACAGGCGGAUGAAUGCAAAGGUCUGGGAUGAUGGUUUGAGGCAACAGGACAGAUUCGAAGAAUACCAAUCACAAGUUUAUGAUGUAUCUCCUGAAGGUACCCAGGUUGAUUCUUCACCCGGGACAUCGGAAUCAGAUUCCGAGGAAACCUUCGUGGCCAAGAAGCAAGCCAUCGAGAACCAACUGAUGAUGAAUGAUGACAAGAUCCGCAUACCCCUGGGCAUCCGCGAUCCUUUCCUUAGUGAAGACUCUCAGGCCGAGCCCUGGAGAAUUCGCGCUUUUUUGGAAGAGGUGCUGCAAUCUAAAUAUGCAAGGCCCUUUGGAGAGGAUCGUCAACAAGAAUCACUUGGCAUGGACCCUGUGGUUGUAGAAGAGUACAAUGAGAUGUCAACAAAUGCUUCAGCCGGGGAUGGUUUGCACAGUGGCAGCCAGACCCAGCCGUCACAGGUCCCUGAGGACUUAGCCUGCCCAGUUGAGGAAACCCAGGCACCUCACAAAGAUGUUGUCAACGACAGUGAUCAAAACUGCGAGAAACUCAAGACCUGUUCAAAGAACUUUGCCCCCGACAUCGAUGCCUGUGAUAAGGCAAAGCAAAUUGCGAGGCCCCUGGCUAAAAGAGCUCGGACAAAUCUUUGAGCCUCACACGGGGCACCAAUUCAUGUUGUGCACUCCAGCCUGAGAGUUAGUCUCAAGUCUGUCAGUCUUUACUACGAAGGGUUUCGGCAGGACUCAACGGAAGUUCUGCAGGGGAUUGCAGCAUAUUUCUGCCAUCAGCUUCAAGUUCAAGA